UCUCAAAGAAGCAGAAGAACAAAGAAAUCCUGUAAACACUCGUGGAUCAGUGUACAUGUCAGCAAGUCGCUUCAAAUAAUUGUUCAUUUCACCUUAGUACAGAAAGGUUAGUAUGUAUGUCAUGUAGUAUUGAGCCUACGAACGCCUUGGGCAUUUAUGACAUUGAAAGAAGGAAGAAGAACACAGUUUAACAAACGAUUUUUGUUUCCAUGAAUACAAUGUUUGACCUAAAGUGCGAAAGCUCUUCAGGUGAAGAGGAAGAGACGGAGGGAGGAGAGUCCAGUUUAACCGCACAGGUAUCUAGAUGUGCGAAUGUCUCAUCAGCGGAUUUGGACGAAUUAGAGCACAACCGGAACGAAUCUAGUACUGUAAAGCAAACAGUAUGGGCGGUGAACUGUUUUAAAGCCUGGCUGCGUGAAAAGCAGCUGACGAUCGACUUUAAAACCGUCGAGAAGUCGGAGCUGAACUCGGUGCUUCGCGAGUUUUAUGGCUCUAUUCGGACGAGCAAAGGAGAGCUGUACGGCAUCAGCAGCUACGUCGGGCUUCGAGCUGGACUGAAUCGGUUCAUCAGUGAACCUCCGCUCAACCGGGUGUGGAAUCUGAUGCAGGACACCGAGUUUAGGGCCGCCAAUAAUGUUUUCAAAGGCGUCGUUAAGCAGAUCCGACGCUCCGGGAGAGAUAUAACAGCACAUUACCCCCCGAUUUCACCGGAGGACCAGCACCUACUGAAGCAUUCUCCUGCACUGGACCCUGGCAACCCGAGAGGCUUGUUAAAUAAGGUCUGGUACGAUAUCCAGUUACAUUUCGGACUCAGAGGUAAGGAGGGCAACCGACACCUGCAGGCGGACUCGUUUGCUCUGAACCGAGACCAAAACGGAUUCAAAUACUUCACGAUGACAUUACACGAGGACGCGAAAAACAUGCCGGAAAAGGACAAGAAAACCCGCAGGGCUAUGUAUGAAGAGCCGGGCAAUCCUCUGUGCCCAGUCGCGUCUCUGGAGAAAUAUCUGAGCAAAAUUCCCACCAGCGCAAAAGCGCUGUAUCUGCAGCCCAAAAGGACGUAUGUGAUCACCGAUGAGAUGUGGUACACACCACUUCCACUGGGAGUCAAUUAUCUGUCCCAAAUGCUGCCCAAAAUAUGCAAAGAGGCCGGCACGAGAACGAUAUACACUAACCACAGUCUGAGGCUCACUGCGAUUCAAAGACUGACUGAAUCGAGGGAGAUCAUGGCGGUGUGUGUGAGUGUUCCAGUUCAGAUUAACACUCAGUGGCAGCAGCAGCAGCCGGAAUCCACUCCAUACUCGCCCAGCAGUGAACUGGACUCCAGCUCUGCCAGACAGGAGAGUCCCGUGAGCAGCCACAGUUGGGUGAAACAGGAACCGGAGCCAGAAGCCAUCCAGUGGGAAAAUAAAAACUCUGAUGCUGCCACUGAUGCUGACAAGGACAAAAAUCUCAACAGUGCUGUCACUACAUCGGUACCUUCAAUGGAGGGUUUACCCAGCAGUGUUAUGCUGAGCAUCACUAAACUUCAGUGUCUGCUGGAGAGCAAACAGGAGAGGAUUGAAGCUCUGGAGAGACAGGUGCAGGACCUGCAGGAGGAUCGCAGGUUCCUCCGCUCACAGAUCGAGAACCUCACCAGUGCUCUCUCUGUUCACGUCUGUCGAGGCAUUUCAGAUGAAACAACUGGAAAAAGUUAAUUGGAAAGUGUUUAUGUCAGAGCAUAAACUGUAACUGAAUGGACUCAAAGUAUGUUUGUUUUAUUGUUAUUAAUUUAUGUGAAUGAGUUUUAAACAAUUAUGUAUUAGGUAUUCAAUAUUUUUAUAAAAUUAUUAUUGUUAUUACUAUUAUCAUUAUCAUCAUUAUUAUUGUUAAGGAUAGUUUACGCGCAAGUGAAAAUGUACUCGCCCUCAUGUCAUUUCAAACCUGUGUGACUUUCUAGGGACCAUAAAAUGUCUUUAUCUUUUGUUGAUAAAGUUGUGGUCACAUUUACCACUGUUUAUCCAAUAUUCUUUGGCAAAAUCCACUUAUUUCAGUAGCAGCCGUGGGGGUGCCCCACUAAAAUAUCAUCCAUUUGAAAACAUAUAUGAACUGAAUGAAUCCUUGUAAACUUAAAUUCUAACAGCAAACAAUUAUUUUA